UCUUUCUUGUCUUCUAGUUUCAACCCUCUAGUUUCUAGUAUAUAUUGCUAAUUUAAUACUGCUAUUGUAGAUGAGUUCAGAAUUAUGAUUUUAAUCCUAGUUCAUUCCAAUCGCUCAUUGAUUUUCAACAAUGUCUCAAGUUUAAAGCCAUCGAGGUGCAUUAUAACAACAAAUUGUCUAUCUCAUGUGCUAAAAUACUUCAAUCCCUGUGUGCUAAGCUAAAGUUCUAUUCUUUCCAACUUUUCAAGUAUUAAGCUUCAUCUCAUUGAUACCAUCAAGCAUGACUUUUUAAUUUUUGGUCCUGAAUGAAAUUUGUAUUUUGUUAUUCAAGAUUGGAACUGAUAUUUUGUUUCAUUUCUCUGUUACCAGGAGAUAUCCAUGGUCAAUAUUCUGACCUUCUGCGACUUUUUGACUACGGUGGAUUGCCUCCUCGUUCUAAUUACUUAUUUUUAGGGGACUAUGUUGAUCGUGGGAAGCAAAGCUUGGAGACUAUAUGUCUCCUUCUGGCUUAUAAAAUAAAAUAUCCUAAUAACUUCUUUCUUCUGAGGGGCAACCAUGAAUGUGCUUCUAUAAACCGAAUCUAUGGAUUUUAUGAUGAGUGUAAACGAAGAUUCAAUGUGAGGCUUUGGAAAGUGUUCACAGAAUGUUUCAACUGCUUGCCAGUGGCAGCUCUGAUUGAUGAAAAAAUACUCUGCAUGCAUGGUGGACUGUCUCCUGACUUACACAAUUUCAAUCAGAUAAAGAGUUUGCCGCGUCCUACUGAAGUACCUGAAACUGGUCUACUAUGUGACCUCCUUUGGUCUGAUCCUAGCAGUGACAUUCGGGGUUGGGGAGAAAACGAUCGUGGAGUUUCCUAUACUUUUGGUGCUGACAGGGUCACUGAAUUCCUUCAGAAGCAUGAUCUUGAUUUGAUUUGCAGGGCCCAUCAGGUUGUGGAAGACGGAUAUGAAUUCUUUGCUUACAGACAACUUGUGACUAUCUUCUCGGCUCCUAAUUACUGUGGAGAGUUUGACAAUGCUGGUGCAAUGAUGACUGUUGAUGAGUCACUCGUCUGCUCUUUUCAAAUAUUGAAGCCUGUAGAUAAAAAGCCUAUUAAGUUUCGCUUUGGGAGCACAACUACAUUUAAACCUACUACUCCAACAAAAGCUAAGGUAUUUUUAUUUCUUGAAUCCAUUCCUGAGCUUGCUAUGUUCAACAAAAAUGGUAAAUUAAUGUAGCAGAUAUUAAUUUGAGCUUGAAGUAUAGAUAUGUGCAAAAUACCUUAAGGAAAUAGUUAAAACAGGACUCUCAAGUAAUAUCAAGUUCAAGUAUAAAACAUGAUUCUUAAGGACGGGGCAUAAGAAAAAUAUA